AUGUCUAAGGACAGUGAUUCGUUGAGCAAACAAGGAAAAACUAUAAACCAAUGGAUAAUGGCGAUACUAGUCAAUACUACAUUACUCACGUACGGAUUGCAAGCUGGUUGGAUCUCACCCAUGACAAAAGUAUUGCAAUCAGAAACGUCGUCAGUAGUUGACCAACCAAUAACUGAUGCCAAUUUGACGUGGAUUGCUAGUAUAAUACCCAUAACAGCGGUUUUUGGAGUAUCUCUAUACACUUAUUUGGCGGAUAAAUUUGGGAGGAGGAUGUGUGUUCUUGCAGUAGCCGUGCCGCAAGCUUUAUGCUGGAUUAUCAAGUUGGUUACGACCAGUAUUCUUGGUCUACUCAUUGCCAGGAUUUUUGCUGGCAUAGCAGCUGGGGGAUGUUUCUGCGUCACCCCCAUGUACGUGAAAGAAAUAAGCCAGGACAACAUAAGAGGUCUGCUGGUAUCUCUAAUGGGACUGAAUCAAAAUUUGGGAUUCCUGUUUAUAUACGCUAUGGGAGCGUUCCUGGAUUACUACACGGUGCUGUGGAUUGUGGUGUGGUUGCCAUUGGUGCUGAUAGUGUUGCUCAUAAAAGUUCCAGAGUCGCCAGCUUAUCUGGUUAAAUUAGGAAAAUAUGAGGCGGCUGCAUCGACUAUUGCCAUGCUUAGAGGCUGGAAAUCUGACGACAAAGAAGUGGUACAUGAAAUUGAAUGUUUGAAGAACGAGGACAUCUACUUCAAGUCAUUGCCAGAUAUUUCCUUCGUCAGUAUUUUGAAAAAUAAGGCGUGGCGCAAAGGACUUUUAAUAAUCAUGAUGGUCAUUACUUGCCAAGCGUUCAACGGAUCGUUUGCUAUUGUAACCUACGCGUCCACUAUCCUCAUGACGUCAGGAGUCACCAUCAGCCCUGAGGUGCAAACGAUUAGUAUACCAGCUGUCAUGAUAUUCGGAUCAGCUAUUUCUAUAGUGUGCGUAGAGAGAAUGGGAAGAAAGGUCAUGUUAUCAUCAGCUUUUGGCAUAACAGUAGUAUCGUUCCUGUGUCUCGCCUCGAUAAUUCUCGUACAGCACCAGGGCGGCAGCGUUCCAGGCUGGUUGCCAGUGAUUGCAAUAAUCGCUGCUGUAUGGGCGUACGCUGCGGGAGUCGCUCCUAUUCCAUACGUCAUCAUGGCUGAAAUGUUCAAUUUCCAAAUACGAGCAAAGGUACUGGGCUGCCUAGUAACAUACGCGUGGUUUAUUUCCUUCGUCCAGUUGUUUACCUUCACACCGAUCUCAAAUGCCCUCGGAGCGCACACCAUGUUCUACUGCUUUGCUGGAACCAACCUCCUUGGGGUUUUUAUUGCCCUGGUAUUUCUGCCUGAGACGAAAGGGAAAACUAUUGAUGAAAUCACGUUAAUAUUGGCGCGAUAA